UUGGUAGACUAGAAGAAAGUUUGAGUGGCCUUUCCGUACGUGGCAGGUACGAUGACGGAUGUAGAAGAAACUACCAAGGUACGACUGGAUCAGGAAAUUGCUUGCCGGCUGCAGGAUGAACAUCCCGAACAGUUUAUUACGUUGGUACGGAUGCACCUGUCGUUUGAACUGGAUCUCAACACCGACACGGAAAACGAUCCAGCCGGAUUAGAUAAACAGAAGCUGAAGAAAUGGAAAGGCUUUCAUAAGAAGGCGAAGGGUUGUACAUCGGCCAAAGUGACCUCGCCAGAAACGGCAAAAGCAGCACUGACGAGGGCAAACAUCGAUGAUCUGAAACAGCUUAUUGCAUUUCUGGAGCAGGAAGAAAACAUCUCACAGGAAGGAAUAUUCCGCAAAACCGGCUCGCUAACACGCCAGAAUGAGCUAAAAAACUUGCUCUUGCAAGGCAACAUGUUACCGUUGGACGAAACCGGCUACACAGCGCACGAUUGUGCUAGCGUGUUGAAGAGUUUCCUUGCCGAUCUGCCGGAACCACUGCUCACCGAGCUUUACUACCCAGCGUACUGCCAGGUGGCCGAUCUGUUCCAUUCUAAGGAAUCCUCUCAAGCGUCACGCGGUGAAGAUCGCUUACUAAACGCACUUCAACUGUUGUUGCUUCUUCUUCCGGAAGAGAAUAACAUUCUUCUCCGGCUCAUUAUUGAACUGCUGCAUCGCACAAUUCAGCACGAAGCGACCAACAAGAUGUCGGCCGUGAAUCUGGCCACUCUCUUCACACCGCACCUAAUCUGUCCGCGCAAACAAUCGCCAGAGGCACUGCACACGACGGCUCAGCAUAUGUCCGGUAUCGUAGGUUUUAUGAUCAAAACUGGCGCUCGCUUGUUUCACAUCCCGCCGAAGCUGGCCACCGAUAUACGGGCCUACUUUGUGGAGCAGCGACGUCGUAAAACCAUGUCCCCGGAGCACAUACUGAACGAAUCGACCACAUCGGACUCGGUAGCUAAUACUGUGUACACGUUCGUGGAUCGCGAAAAGACGGCUGAAGCGCACAUAAUGAACUCUACCGACACGGCACUGGCCCAGCUGUACGCUCACAUCCAGAGUUUGCCCGAGUCAUCGAAGAAAAAGAAGCUGGUGAGCAAGUUUAACCGCCAGAAUGGGUACGGUACACCGUUGCAGGUGUUGAUGCAGCGGGAGAAGAAUGGUUCGGGUGGACCUGGACCCGGAAGUGGCGGUGGAUUAAAGUAUCCACGGUCGAUAAGCGAUUCCAUUAAGCGGCACAUAUUCCACAAAUCACUCAUGUCGAGGACACCGAAGCAAAGGCCGGGCAGUGGAAGCCAAACUCCGACCACAUUUCAGACCCCGAGUGGAACGAGCUAUGGCAGCGGUGGUCCAAGGCAGCGCGUUCUUUUCCAAAGUCCUGUCUCCUCGUCCGACUCACCGUCCAGUGUUGGUUCGCCAGCAUGCAUUAAGCGUUGCUCCUCGGUAUCGUCCUCUUCCUCGUCGCUUUCCUCGAUGUCAUCCCAUUCAUCGGGUAACGCCAAUGCCGGCUUCCUGACCCGAACGAGUAGCACUGAGAGUAGCUGCAGUACUUCUAGCUCGUUGGAGCAAAAAUCCAUGCCAAGCCGGGCAACGGAUGUAUCGAAAAGUAUCGAAACCCUUAAACGAAGGUCAUCCGGUGAGUUAGGGGACGAGAAAAUAUCCGCCGAGCAACACUGUGCAAGCAUUGAGAACAAUUCGGACACUUGUUCGGACCAUAAACGAAGUAGAGUUGAGGAACAGCUAGAUCACCCGAUCGGGCGAUCGAAAUCAGCACUGAUGGUACGCUUUGGUGCGGAAACGGUUGCCGGUUGCAAUCUGAUCGAGGACAGCGAACCACCUCCACCGGAGGAUGAUGAAGAUUUUGUAGAGCAGGAAGACGACGAUAUCGAUGGGAGCGAAAACGAGGAUGAGGAAGAGUUUUCCCAUGACGGACACCUACUGUUAGCCGGUGGCGAUGGGAAUCAGGAUGGCGAGGAAGAGGAGGAUGGUUUCGAGGAUAGUGAGCGAAUACUGAGCGAUACCGAGGAGGAUCGGUACGGUUCAUCGAUGUUGGGUGACACUCGCUCCCGGUACCGUUCGGAACCAAAUCUCAGCGCUAUCGGCUAUCAGCAUCGACGCGGCCAUCUGGAUAAAACCCGGUUGAACGAAGAACUUCCCCGGCUGAAAUCAGAUUUAAGCACCGAAAGCACGGAAAUCGAUGGCAAAUCGCGGACAGCAACACCAGGAGGCGGUGGAAGUUCUUCGACCAAGCAGCGUAUCAGUUUCUUCAAGAACAAACUAAUAAAGGGUGUGUCGAUGGGCAAUUUGCGUUUCCCUUUCGGUGGUGAUGCUAGCAAGGGAAGCAAAAAAAGUAUCAACCGAUCGGUUGAACUGUUAGCUCGAACGGGCGGCGGGACAAAGCGAUCGAACAAAGUAACUGCAGCAAUGGUUCGGAAUGAAAGUUUUGCGGAUUGUAGCAUUCUUCCUACGCAACGAUCAGCUGUUCCGAAUACGUCCACCGUGCCCGAUUCAAACUCGGUACAUGCGACCGUUAGCUGGACGGCCAGCUGUCUUACCAGUACGCCCGGACCGGCACAACUCAUGAGCGGGCGCAAUUCAAUGUCUCCCAUCACGAAAAGUACUCAAAGGAUGCCAAAAUCGAUGCAGGAAUCGAUCAUGACACCACGAUCGCGCAAACCAGUCAUGCUGCUGGCCAUGGCGAAUGCAAGCGAACAGCAACAACUCUCGACUACUUGUGCCAGCUUCUCAAGCUUGAAAGAGGAAGAUGAAGAAAUGGACCUCGAACCGCCGGUAGGAGUUUCUGCGCUAACCGGUGGCAACAAUGUGGCCACACCAUCAAGCUACGAUCGAAACAUCAAGCAGCUAAUUAACGACACAGGACUACCAUCGAUCAGCAACGAAGUGGGUCUGCCACCGAUAUCCACCCAUUUCCCAGCGAAAGGUAACAUUGAUCCUGAUUGUGUGGUUGUUCAUGGUGGUGGUGAUGUUGCUGAAGGAGACCAACCGUCUAGCUCUUUGACGAGUCCCUUUCGACAUUAUCUGCUCAGUCGCGGUUUGAUGCCGGCAGAAAGUCCGGCCGACUUAUCGUUCGCCAGCCAGUCGGAUGAUUUUGAAUCAUCGACAGAAAUUCUCGACCAACUCAGCGAGUCUAAGAUGAGCGAAAGUUUGCUGUACUGUAUGGACGGCAACGAACCAAAGGAAAGUAAUACGAAACGGACAGCACCGCUUCACCGAUUACCCGAGCGGGUUGAUUCCGAUCUGGACGAAACGGCUCUUUAACAGGGAAUCAGAUUUCCACA